AGUCCCGUAUUUGACAACUGAAACCGGAAGUGUUUGAAGCAGGGCUAGUUCUUCAGUCACUUCUCCGCGACUCUGGUAGUUGGAUUUAGUCUCAGGUGGCAAAAUGUCCAAGGAAUCGCCGACAGUGAACGAUGGGGCUGUGAUUAAUGGUCGUGUUUUUCUCGAGGCAGAGGGUCAGAGGAGGUAUCCGUGUCGGUACACAGCAGGCAGCGAGCAGGAUGACCUCCGGGCAAGAGCACGACCUCCCGGCACGUCUAACACCAUGUCUGAAUCUCAGGCUGGAUCAGAUACAGUAGCAGAGGCAGCACUAGUGGAUGACUGCGAGAAGCUGGGCACUCUGUUUGGGAUGUUCAAUAAGUGCCUGAGAGGCAUCGGCUUCACACAGCUCUACUUUGGGGAGAAGAUUGUAGAGCCUGUGGUUGUGCUCGUCUUCUGGCUGCUACUGUGGUUCCUCGGCAUCCAGGCCCUGGGUCUCGUAGGAACUCUUUGUAUUAUCAUCAUAUACCUCCAGAAGUAGUGGCCUAAGCGGGAUGGAAUGAUGAUAUUCUUUGUGUCUUGGCGUGAUCUAAUACAGAUCAACAUAAUGAAUGUCCCUUUAUAAUGAAUAGCAUUAUAGCAUUCAAUGGGUUUAGGUCUCUCUUCUUUUGUGAGCCUUAAAUGACUGUAUACAUCUACAGUGUCAUGGUAAAAGUGUUCAAUCUUUAUAAAGUUUUUAUAUAUGCUUUAAUUGUUUGUGUGCUGUUUUUGGGAGCAAAUUUGAAAAAGUUGAAUUAAAACACUUUUAUGUGGCACUGUAUCUGAUAAUAGUACUACGCAGGAAGUUUCGGAAAGCUGAUAUUGAAGGUUUUCUUGUCAUCUAUGCACUAAUUUAGAUGUUUUUGAUAAGCAUGUUUUCUUAAAUAUCAAUUUGUAUUGACUGUUGAGUGGCAUAUUCAUAACAGGCAUGGAUGUUAAUGGAAAAAGCACUUUAAGAGGAAGAAACUUAUACUAUUUUGCCUUUAAAUAAAAACAAAAAAAGACACAUAUCAACCAUACUUUCUCUUGAAAGUGAAAUUAAUAGUUUGAUUUUGUUUGUUUGUUGUUUUAUCUCAUUGCCCUUGUAGUUAUUUGUGCAUUCUCCACACAAGUGCACUAGAGGGCAACCUCUUCAUGCACCCUAUCUCCUAGAAAACCAAUCAAGAAGUUAUCUCUUUGUAACAAAUAGUAAACUCUAGUUGAUAAAGGUCUAAAUGUACCAAUGCAUUGCAUGUCAUUCACAGUCAGAUAUGGCAACUGUGUGUAAAACUAAUGAUUCAUUCUCAAUGUUUAUAUGAACCAAGCAUUUACAUUAUAGCAUCUGAGUGUUAAGUGCGUGUGUGUGUGAGAGAGAGAGUGAGGAUGUGUGUGCCCUGUGUUGAACUGUUGUCCCAUUCAGAGUGUUUUCAUGUUUUGCUCCCACUGUUCCUGGGAUAGGCUCCAGAUCCAUGCCAACUUUGAUCAGGAAUACUAAAUAUUAAUGGAUGAAUGUAUACCAAUGUUAUUAUCCUUAUGUGUCCUACUGAGAAAUAUGUAUAUUCCAAAGAUUCUUCUAUAACAUCGAGCAUUGCUAAUCUAAAAAUUAUUCUUGUAACAAUGUAUUAAAACAUAUUAACCAAACGCAUUCUGAUGCUUAAAAAUAAACAACCGACUAAUUUCUGUUCUUUGAAAGCAAAAAAAAUUUUGAAUAGAAAAUAAGUUAUAAACUGCUGUCUCACAUCUGAAAAUGAUUUGUCAGUAUGAGCAUUUGUAAAUGUGAUUUCUAUCUUCGAGUUAUGGCCCCAACACAAGUAUAUGAUUUGUUAAUGAUUGUGUAAAAAAUAUUACGUGUUUUGUUAUGAUUAUGUAAAAAAUGUGAUCAAUGACAGUUUACAACUGUUUCCUUAUACCUCAUUUAGGAGACUUUGUGCCAUUAUUUAGAUCAUUAUUUAUGCCAUCUUGCUGCAUUUUCUAUCAGCUCUUUUGGGAUUUUUUGUUAUAUAUUUUACUUCUGUAUCUGCAGUCAACUGUGGCUUCAUAUUUGAUUGUCAAAAUAAAAAUCAUUACGUUUUUAAAGAACAAA